AUGAUGUCGAAGCGACUAUUAAGUACGGCAAACAUUGGCAAUACUACGGCCGAAAGUAGAAAAAAGGGGAAAAUAGUUUCUAAUGGUUUAGAGACCUCGGAUAUCUCUCAACAAGGAGCGAAUUCGGAGUAUACAGUCGGCUGGAUUUACGCUCUAACUACGGAAUCUGUAGCAGCCCGAGCCUUCCUCGAUGAAGAAUACGGCGGCCCUGAAGCAGUCGCCCAGCACGACAACAGUAGCUAUAUCUUGGGCAAGAUCAGCAGUCACAAUAUCGUCAUUACCGUCCUACCUAAUACAGAAUAUAGCACAACGUCCGCGGCGGCAAUAGCCCGAGACAUGCUUCACAGCUUUCCGAACGUACGUAUUAGGUUAAUGGUCGGCAUCGGAGGUAAUACGCCUAGUCUGAAGCGUGAUAUCCGACUCGGGGAUAUAGUAGUCAGCAGUCCCGGUGGCGGGAAAGGCGGUCUUCUGGACGAUAUAGAAAUAACAUUGAAGAAGAUUAAAAAGCGGAAAAACUACAGAAAACCUACUCUAACAAGCGAUAGAUUAUAUAAAUCCGACGUUAUACAUCCUUCGCACUCGUCUGAAAGCUGCGAGAUCACCUACGGUAAUAACGAAACUAACUUAGUGGUCCGAAAUAAACGAAAUAAAGAGGACGAUAAUCCCGCAAUUUAUUACGGUUUAAUUACUAGUAGAAACCAAUUAAUGAAGGAUAUAUGUAUCCGGGAUAAAUUAAUAAAUAAAAAGGGGGUUCUUUGCUUCGAGAUGGAGGCGGCCGGUUUAAUAAAUUAUUUCCCGUGCUUAGUGAUCCGCGGGAUAUACGAUUACUCCGACUCGCAUAAGAAUAAGGAUUGGUAA